AUGGCAUUGGAAAAAGAAAAACUUCCUUUGGGGUAUAAGCCUGGAAAGUCAAGGCUUUAUUAUAGCUCAAGGCCCUCGCCGGGACUAAUUGAAAAAUCAAAAUAUUCUCGAGUUGAUCAUUUUUUUAUUUUCUUAUUACUAGCUUUAGGAGUCAUUGUAAGGCUAUAUAAGAUCCCUUGGCCACCCAGAGUUGUGUUUGAUGAAGUCCAUUUUGGUGGAUUUGCCAGAGAAUACUUCAAUGGUGAAUAUUUUGUGGAUGUACACCCCCCAUUAGCCAAGUUGAUGUACUAUUGGAUUGCAAUUGCAUUUGGAUGGGAUGGAAAUUUUGAAUUUGCUGAAAUUGGUGACGUAUUUGAUGAAAAUGUUCCCUAUGUUCAAAUGAGGUUAUUCUCCGGAAUAUGUGGUGUUUUGAGUAUUUUGACUACAUAUGGUGCAUUGAAGGCAUCGGGUUGUAGAUCAAUGAUUUCAUUUUUCGGAUCGUUUUUGGUCUUGAUCGAAAACUCAUUAGUUACUCAAUCUAGAUUUAUUUUAUUAGAUAGUUCAUUAGUCUUUGCGGCUUCAUUGACUGUUUUUGCAUUUAAGAGUUUUCAGAUCAGUGAACCAUUUACCAAAAGAUGGUUUAAGUUUUUGAUCCUAACUGGGUUUGGUUUAGGUAUAAGCACAUCAAUAAAACUCACUGGUUUAUACGUUGUUGCAUGGGUUGGUUUAUUAACAAUUUAUCAGCUUUGGCAAUUAUUGGGCGAUUUGGAAGUUAGCAUCACCCAAUUGGUAUUUCACUUCGUUUCAAGAGUUUUCGGACUUAUUAUUCUUCCCUUGACUUUGUAUUUAGGGUUCUUCGCAAUUCAUUUCAUGACCUUACCUCUAAAUGGGAGCGGAUCUGGUGCAAUGUCACCUCGUUUCAAGUCAACCCUAGCAGAUUCCGAUGAAAUCAUAAAUAGUCCGGUUGAAGUAUCUUAUGGAAGUACUGUCACCUUGAAGCAAAAUAACUUGGAGGCAUACUUACAUUCACAUGAUCAUAAGUAUGAGUCUGGUUCUGGUGAACAACAAGUAUCUUUAUAUGGUUUUAAUCCUGACCCUAAUAAUCAAUGGAUAAUUGAAACUAAAAAUAAGAAUUGGGAAGGACAACUUCAAAAGAAAUUCAGACCCGUUAAAGAUGGUGAUACAAUCAGGUUAUAUCAUGUUGCCACUGGCAAGUAUUUGCAUGUUAAUGAUGUCAGACCACCGAUUUCCGAACAUGAAUAUUCAAAUGAAGUUUCUUGUAAUGGGACAAGAGAUUUGGCUGGUGAUAUAAAUUACGAAUGGAAAGUUAGAAUAGCUAUGAAAAAAGAUCAUUCCACCAACGACUUACCAUUAAUCAAAGUAAGAACUACUGAAACUGUUUUUCAAUUAAUCCAUAGAGGUACUAAAUGUAUUUUAAUUGGACAUGAAGAAAAACUACCAUCAUGGGGGUUUGGUCAAAAUGAGGUAUUAUGUGUCGAAGAACCUACAAUUCCUAAUAGUUUAUGGUAUGUCGAAACAAACCAUCAUCCACUCCUUGAAAGUGAGAAUUAUCCAACCGUUCAAUUUGGAAAAGUUGGAUUUUUCAGUAAGGUGAUUGAAGUUCAUAAAGCCAUGUUCAGGAUAAAUAAAAGUUUCACUGAGGAUCACUCCUAUGCGUCGGCACCUGAGACAUGGCCAUUUUUGUUAAGAGGUGUUAAUUACUACAGCAAUUCUUUAACCGAAGUAAAAUUAAUUGACGAAAGUGGUAGUCAUAUCUAUUUCUUAGGGAACUUGGCUAUAUAUUACAUUGGAAUCUUUUUAAUAGCAACGGUUGCAUUUAAAUUUGUAUUUUAUGUUAUUAGGUACAUGAAUCCAUUCAAACGUCCAGAUGAUCCAUUAUAUAAAACGGUCUAUUACAAUGGAUCUUUUGAUUUCAUUCUUGGUUGGUUACUUAACUAUUUCCCUUCGUUCAAUAUGUCGAGACAACUAUUCUUACAUCAUUAUCUUGUUGCUGUAUAUUUUUCAAUUUUAUUGAUUGCACAAUAUGGAGAAUACCAACUCAAUGUCAGAAAAAAUAUUGGAACUUUGAUGGUGAUUGCAAUUGCAAGUGCUGCCCUCUACUCUUUCGUCACAUUCACACCAGUGAUAUACGGAACUGAAUGGACUGUUGAUCAAUGUAUCAAAGCAAAAUGGUUCCCGUCAUGGGACUUUGACUGUGUUGCUUAUGGCAAGUGA